AAAAAAUUCUAGUAACUUUAGUUUUAUCCGUCUCUUCGGGUUAACUAUCAUCACUCGGUAUAUUUAAAAUGGCAUCUGAUAUUGAAGACUUGAAGAACCAUGUACUGUGUAAAGUUCAAGAAGGCGAAAAUCUUUUGCAACAAGUGCACUGUCAUUUUGCCAACGUGGAAGGCAGUAAAAAACUUGAAAGACGCAUUCGUUCUGAAAUAAAGUUCUUACAAAGACUACUGGAUGUCAAAAUGGAAGUAAAGAAGGAGCACAUGUUAUCUAGCAAUUUAGGUUCAUUGGCUGCUGUUGUGGACAUUCUUCAUAAAUGUGAAAGCCCAGCAGCUAUCUUUAAACCUUUCAGUUUAAAAAAUGGCUCCAGUAACCGCAUUGAGGUGGAUGUUGUGUCUGAAGGAGGAAAAGUUUGGCACAAAGCGAUAGCUCGAAAAGCAGAGGCACUGGAAGACAUAUCGAAAGGAAGAACGUCAUGCGGCCAGAAAUCUGUGAUUGAUCAAGCCUCAGCAUACAUCAAGUGUGCAAGACUACAUCCUCACCUAUUUAAUCCUCCUCAGGUUGUCUUCCAUUUCUUCAACAGCAUCAGCUCAUCAAUUGUUGCGAAAUUGAAGAAACGUGGAGUAGAGGUUGAAGGAGAAAUCAGACCCAUAAUGGAAAAUUCAUUUUCCAAAAGCGACACUAGCAGCAGUGAUAGUGAUGAUGACAGUGAGGGGUACGAGGAAUACAGCGAAAUGUAUAGGGGAUUAUCCACUUCACCUGAUACCAACCUGGAUAAUCUCAAGCAAAGUGACAAGCUUUUCCUUGACAUCACAUGCAUGGUGGCGUACGUUUCUUCAAUGACCAACGGUGGAGCCAAUUAUAUUUUCCCUAGAGCGAUCUAUAACCAGCAGGCCGAGUGGGAGCGUUCAUCUCCCGCCAAGCCCAAGCUAGAUGCUCUGUUUGAAGAUAAACAGCUAGUCACUUGCCGCGAAGCCCUUACCGAUUUCCAAACGCUGGUAGAACGAAUGGGUGGAACUGGAGAGAAACAGCGCAUGAGGGAACUGAUUGCCCGUUUGGAUAUUGUCGAAGAUACUCCGUGUGGAAGAGUUGGUCAGUUGCAGCUAACGAGUAACGUCAAAACAAGAAGCAGAUUGAUUUUUUGCACUGCCGAUAAAUUGGGCAUCGUCGUUGUUACAGCCAACACAGGUUUCGUUCGAUCAGCAGCUAGCCAGGGGAUCGAAAUAGCUCAUUUUGUGCACGAGCCAAGAGUUUUAACGGAGCAACAGGAGCCGUUUUCAAUUCCUCUAAAGACUUCCGAUCAUGCGUCUAAUGUGUGAGGACGGCCUUAUCGUUUUUGACACAUUCUCGUCCUCUUCAAGUGUGUCGUCAUAUUCCAAAGUAUCAGACAAAUUUCCCCCGCCAUUUUUAAGGUGAUGUUUCACAUGUACUUAAAUACAUGAUAACAAAUUGAA